ACUUCGAAUCCCCUCAGACUUCUGCUUGUUUCUCGACAAGUACCGGCUCACCUUUGAAUCCCUUAACAACAUGGCACCGAAGAAGAUUGAACCAAAGAAACCUGAGCCCAAAAAGCCAGAGCCAAAGAAAGAUGCGGCUCCAGCUGCUAAGCCAGCUCCUCCUCCAGAGCCACUGCCUGAGCCACCCAAGGAGCCCGCGUUUGAUCCCAAAAGCAUCACUCUUGAGUACAGCGCUGACCAGAUCGAGGAGUUCAAGGAGGCCUUCACCUUGUUCGACCGCACACCGACUGGAGAAAUGAAGAUCACGUACGCCCAGUGCGGAGACGUGAUGCGAGCUCUGGGCCAGAACCCCACCAACGCAGAUGUGCUCAAAGUGCUCGGGAAACCCCGGCCAGAGGACAUGAGCACUAAGAUGGUGGACUUUGAGACCUUCUUGCCAAUGCUGCAACACAUCUCCCGUGCAAAAGAUCAAGGCAACUUUGAGGAUUUUGUGGAGGGGCUCAGGGUUUUUGACAAGGAAGGCAAUGGCACCAUCAUGGGAGCGGAGCUGCGUCAUGUGCUGGCAACGCUGGGAGAGAGGAUGACAGAAGACGAGGUGGACAGACUGAUGGCUGGACAGGAGGAUGCCAAUGGCUGUAUCAACUAUGCCUCCUUUGUAAAGCAUAUUCUGUCUGGGUGAAAGGGACUUUUAACCAUAAAGACUUCAUUUUACCUCUGUUUCCUCCACUCUCUGGAUUCAUGCUUUGUCAAUUUAGAGGUGAGCAUGUCACUUAGCGUGUGACAUUAUUUCGCUGACAAAAGCAGUUAACGUUCAGUGAAAGAACGAGGGCUCCGAGACCUGUGAUUAGUUCUUUUUUAAUAAGCACGCAAACAAGCAAUAUAAUGGAAUGCCAGUUAGAUAAGGAUAUGGACAUCAUAAAGAAAAUUCCAUUAAUAAAGGAAACAUGAU